AUGUCGACGAUCCCGGCACUAGUGCUGACCGGAAAACAUGGAAAACCGGUGCUAUGGACACGAAGCAUCGGCCUGCUUCCCAUGACGAAACAUUGCCAAAACGAGUCUCCGAAAUACCUCAACAACUACGUGUGGAUCGAGUUGAACCGGCACGGAAUUGCGUGUGGCAUGACGCCGGACGUCGAUGAUAUUUGUGGUAGCCUAUAUUUACAACACCGUGAGGAAGAGCUAUUGGUGUAUUCACAAGUGGUCAUUCCUUCUCCACGCCAAAUGGCCAAAAUUGGCUGGACCAGCCCAUCGAUACAUACGGGAUUCUUGGGACGCGUGCCGAUCAGCGAGGAGAUGCUCGUGGCCAUUUGGGAAAGCCCAGACUACGAGCCGGAGCCGGCGAUGAUGUUUCAUGGAUGGGUAAAGUGGCAACCGGAUACCGAAUCCUGGGCGGUGGAUGAGCCUCAAGAAUUCGAAGAACCAUGCCAAGACUGGAAUAGAGACAUGUUGAAUUGGCUGCCCUGGCUGCCGGCCUGGGGCGAGCCGCACGACACGGAAGGGAUAGUGAUUGCGAGGACCGACGCGAGCAUGUUCAUCUGUACAAAAUAUGGCAACGGCAUCAUCACGGUGGCCUGCGAGCGAAUCGGCCGGACUGUUCCGUAUUUGGGAUGUUAUGUGAAAUGCAGGAUUAGCUUUCUGGAAGGUGAGGAUAAGACGGGUCGAGUGAUCUGCUACGAAGUGCUACCGUUGCCGACGAAGACUAUACAUGUGUACCACAGCGGAAGAAAAGCUAUGCUUCGUGCCGUCGUCCAGGUAGAAAAAUUGGAGCCAGACGUCACUACGCUCUUCCACCCGAUUCUCGGAAAUUCUUUUGCCGAAUGUGGAAUUGUUAACGAUGUCCAAGUUGGCGACCUGGUUCAGGUGUUACUCCAUCAGACAAAGGAUCUGGACACCAACAAACCGUUUUUGAAGGUGCUGCAAUGUUACGGCGCCGUGCCGAUGGAAGAAUUUCUGGACGAGUUCAUGCCGCCGAAUAAAGAACCGGCCGCCCUCCACGCUGACGCCCCGUCCGACGUUGAGAUUUCCGAGAAACCGUCUGAGCUCUCGAAAGACGACACCGCAAUCGGGAAGCAGUACGGAUUUGUGGUCGAACGAACAGCCGAAUACACCACGAUCAUCUUGGACGAUGGACGGGAGAAUAACUGGACUAGGAACAACGGCUCCUCUAUCGAAGUCGGCGAUUUCGUCGAGGUGCUGCUCGAAAAUGGCAUUGACCGCGGAUACGUAUUGUCAGUCGAGUACAUAUGGAUGCCGCCGAAUUUUACGACUCUGCGGCGCGAGGCGAACCAGCCGACGGCCUUGUUUGAAGUGCCUGCCCAUGUCCUCAAUUUCAACGGCCUCUACGCCAUUUUCACUAACGACUACAUGCCCGAAGUACACGAUGUCAACAGGCUGUUGCGGAAAGAUAGUUUUCGGAAUGAGCAGGAAAUGAAGUCUUUCGAAUUCCGACUGGCCGUGGACUGGGCACAACUUCCCGACAAGUCGAAGUAUGCCUGGAACGUCCGACGCAUCGUUGUGGGCCCGCCUCGUAAAAUUGCAGCAAAGUUUCGACCACGGCCAGUUACGCCGCCCGCGGAGCCCGUAUACGCGUCGCAUCGGUGUACUUCUGCUCGCAAUGUGAUUGAUUUCGGGGAAUACCCCGCGCCGUCAUUGCCAUCGGACACGAACACUACCACGGGAUCUUGGCUUGAUGCUGCCACCACAAACCGGACAUCUUCCACAGAAGCCGCACAUCAAAAUGGCGUUAAAGGGGUGUGCAUUCGGCGCUGGGGCAAGUGGACAAUUGUGUGGCUGCGUGACGGUCGGCUGGCGCUCCUGGAUGCGGGCCAACUUCCGGUCGGCGCGUUCCUGCUAGCCGGUGUUCGGCAAUUCCCGGCGCCCGUCUUGGGGAAGCGCGAAUCGUACGAAUGGGAAGUCGAGGGCUUCCAGCACCUCGAGAAGCCGCCUUGUGUCAAAGUGCUCUCAGAGCCGGGCCAGUUUCUCUGCCCCUACGCGCGCUGCAAGGAGUAUCGAGCCUUCCCCCCUAGCACGCAACGUGUCGCCGUCUUGGUGGACGACUUUUUCGGGGAGAUUAUCGACAAGAGUGAUGUUUUAUCGGAGCCCGCGCCCGACGAAGAAAUCUCCGUUUCUAUCAAAGCUGUAGCGGCCGGCGAGAAGAAUAUCGAGUGGAUCGUGACGGCCGCCAUGGACUCAACUACGACUGAUUCGGCGUCG